UCUUCAGAUCGAAAACAAAAAGUGAAGAAAACAUAGUUUGGCAUUUUUGCCACAGGAUUCAUCCAAACUCUGCUGACAAGAGGAAAGAAGGAACAAGAAGAUCAUGAGUGAAGGCUCCGUCUGUGUUCUCGCCUGUGUUCUUGCUUUCUUGUUAGUGUUUAUCUACCUCAGAGAUGGGAAAAAACUGCAGCGAAAGACCAAGCUCCCGCCGGGUUCGAUGGGUUGGCCUUACAUUGGAGAGACUCUCCAGCUCUACUCUCAGGACCCCAAUGUCUUCUUUGCCACCAAACAGAAAAGGUAUGGGGAGAUCUUCAAGACCCACAUCCUAGGAUGCCCUUGCGUGAUGCUAGCCGGGCCUGAGGCCGCCAAGUUCGUUCUGGUGUCACAGGCUCAUCUGUUCAAGCCGACAUACCCGAAGAGCAAGGAGCGGCUGCUCGGCCCCUCAGCCCUGUUUUUCCACCAGGGGAAGUACCACACUCAGCUGCGGAAGUUAGUCCAGGCGUCACUGUCGCCGGAGGUGGUCCGGAACAUGGUCGCCGACAUUGAGGCGGUCACCGUCUCCGCAUUGGACUCGUGGGUUGGUGGCCAUAUAAUCAAUACAUUCCAUGAAAUGAAAAAGUUAUCUUUUGAAGUUGGUAUACUCGCGGUUUUUGGCCAUUUGGAGAGUCACUACAGAGAAAAGCUGAAGAACAACUAUCACAUGGUGGAUAGAGGCUACAACUCUUUUCCUACAAUCAUUCCUGGAACUCCAUACAGACGAGCACUACUUGCGAGAGGGAAUUUGAGCAAGAUCAUAAGAGGGAUCAUUGCUGAGAGGAAAGAGAAGAGGACGCUCGGAAAGAACCUCCUUGGACAUCUUUUGGACUCCAAAGACGAAAAUGGUGAGACUCUCACUGACGAGCAGAUCGUCGAUAACAUUAUCGGAGUGCUUUUCGCCGCUCAGGACACAACGGCGAGCGUCAUGACAUGGAUUCUCAAGUACCUGCACGACAACCCAAAACUUCUUGAGGGUGUAAAGGCAGAGCAGAAUGCUAUCCGCCGAUCGAACGAUGAAGGUUUCCAGCCUCUGAGCUGGAGUCAGACUAGAAGAAUGCCCAUAAGCAAUAGGGUUGUUUUGGAGGCCCUGAGAAUGGCAAGCAUCAUAUCUUUCACUUUCAGGGAAGCAGUGGCUGAUGUAGAUUACAAGGGUUACCUAAUUCCAAAAGGUUGGAAGGUGAUGCCUCUGUUCAGGAACAUGCAUCACAAUCCCGAGUUCUUCAGUGACCCCGAAAAGUUCGACCCUUCAAGGUUCGAGGUCACACCAAAACCUUACACAUUCUUGCCAUUUGGCAGCGGAGUACAUGCCUGCCCGGGAAAUGAGCUUGCCAAGCUGGAGUUACUGACUCUGAUUCACCAUGUUGUCACCGAGUUCAGGUGGGAAAUCGUAGGUUCCGAAAACGGUGUCCAGUACAGUCCAUUCCCGGUUCCCCUACAUGGACUGCCAGCCAGAUUUUGGAAGCUACCGUCUUGAAGAAUCAAUCCAUUGAGACAUUGAUGACAUUAUCUUCCCCAAAUAAAAUUAGUUUCGAUUCUAACUUGUCUUCUAUUAUUUUUCCCUAAUUUUGAUAGUUAUUGGCCUUCUGUUCUUUUUCACAUUCUGUAGCCCAUCUCCUAGAAAUGUGGAGAUGCUACUCAAUUUUUAUCAAUGUGGACCAAGUUAUCAAUUUGACGAUUUAGUUCCUCA